UGGGUAUCGCUCCGGGUUUUAGGGUUUUCUCCUCUCGCCGCCACUUCCCGCUCCCGAUCUCCGGCGGCAGCGGCAGCAACAGCGAAGGAACAACAAGAUGGCGACGAUCGUGAACACGACGGAGGAGGAGCCGAUGCUGGCGGUGGUGCGCUUCACCGCCGAGCUCGCAUGGGCCGACGCGGGCCCGGAGGUCGCCGACCCCGAGGUCACCCGCCUCUGCAUCGAGGUGCAGGAGCACAUCCUCGCCGGCCGGUGGCUCGACAUGGCCUCCCUCAUGCUCGCCUCCGCCGACCUCCUCCUCACCUCCCCGUCGCGCGUCCCGGACAAAGAUCUCGAGUGCGUCCUGUCCGUCAUCUGCAGCCUCGUCACCAAGGCCGGAUCCGAGGACGAGGCGCUGCAGAUCACCGAGCUAAUCUGCGCCAAGCUCACCCAGCAGCCCGACGACAAGCCGGCGCUGCGCCUCAAAGUUCUCUUCAGCUUGUACAAUCUGCUCCCGAGCCCCUACGGCAAGGCAUAUAUCUAUAAGAGGGCUCUCGAGCUAGCCACCGCCGGGAAGGCUGCCGAGUUCAUCAUCCCAUCUUUCAAGAACAUCGACAACUUCGUCAGCGACUGGGGAAUUGGCAAUUUGGAGCAGAGGGAGCUGUUCCUCGCUGUCACCAGGAUCCUCAAAGACCAGAAGGGGUGCGACAAUAUGAGCAAGGAGUACUUCAACUUUCUGAACAAGUACCUCGCCACUUUCAAGGGUGAUGACUCCGAUGCGAUAGAUGAUGCAAAGCAAGAGGCUGUUGCGGCAAUCAUUGAGUUUGUGAAGUCGUCUAGUCUCUUUCAGUGUGAUCUGCUCAAUAUGCCAGCUGUUGCACAGCUUGAGAAGGAUGAAAAGUACCAAAUGGUUUAUGAGCUUUUAAAGAUAUUCCUUACUCAGAGGCUCGAUUCCUAUUUAGAGUUUCAGACUGCUAACACUACCUUGCUGAAAGAUUAUGGACUGGUUCAUGAGGAAUGCAUAACCAAAAUGCGGCUGAUGUCUUUGCUUGAUCUGAGCAGCCGUUGCUCUGGCGAGAUCCCUUAUUCUGCAAUCAUAGAUACACUUAAGAUCAAUGAUGAUGAGGUGGAGUCUUGGAUUGUGAAAGCAAUUUCAUGCAAGAUAUUGGAUUGUAAAGUUGAUCAGCUUAAUCAGACUGUCAUCGCCAGUCGGCAUACUGAGAGGAUCUUUGGGAUGCCACAAUGGCAGGGUCUGCGCACAAAGCUUGGAGUUUGUAGGGGAAACAUUGCUAGUGCUAUCAGCACAAUCCAAGCCAGCAAGGUGACUGAAGAGGUACAGGGGAUGCGAGGCUUGAUGAUCAGCUGAUUGAAGAGGAGCUCCUGAACUGAGAUUAUAGCUUGGGAGAUUAGAUGGGCAAUCUUUUUGUAUGAGUAGUUGUAAUGUGAGUUACUUAGAUCCCGUGAUCAUGCUGACUAGAUCUGGGUUGCAAUGGCAUGGCAAGCAAUAUAAAGCCAAUACGUUUGUUUA